AUGUUGUCCCUCCUCGUUAUUUCACUCACCUUCCUCGCUCAUCUCGGUGCCGGGGCUCCUGCCCCUGACCUCCUCGGGCUGCCAAUUGGGCCCCUACUGCCGCCCAAUGCCACCGGUCCACUCGCUCCCGUAAUCAGCCUUCUCGCAAAUUUAGGCAAUGGCGAUCCCCCGAAAAUCCUAUGGACGCCGAACCCCUCGCCAGAGUGCGCCAAAGAAGUUGGUGGCAACGGCGGAGAGCUCCAGUGUUGUCGGGUCACGAUCGCAGGUGAUUUGCCGAUUGUGGUGUUCCUCGCCGAGAUCUAUGGGUAUAACCUGAACCCCAACGAUGUAAACGGGGUCAUCUGUGAGUUCUUCCCUGUUUUCUUUCUUAUUAUAUCUUUCUUAGGUUUUCUCUCGGCGUGGACGUACGGUCUGCCUCCUGCUCACGAGACACCUAUCGCUUUCUGGUUGUUAGAAUCUAGUUCAGGAUGA